AUGGAAGAAAAUGCUCGUCGAGACCCAGAGCGCCCUGAGGACUCCGGUCGAGGCGAGGAGUCCAACCGGGCCAUCCUGCCUCUCCUACAGCCACCUGGCAACCAGCAGUCCCACAGGAUCACCAACUUUUACAUCGACAACAUUUUAAGACCGGACUUCGGCCGAAAGAGCAAGGACGGGACUUCGGUCCGGGAGGGAGACAGUCUGGGAGUGAUCAUACGAAGGGACGUGACGCGGAGAAAGGCUUCCAAAACUGGCAACCCGCACCAGGGUGGAGCAGGAGGCGAUGAGGAGGAAGACAGGGGAGCAUCCGAGGACCGGCAUCCGGACCCUGAGGCCAGGAGGCCUGACCUGAAAGUCGGUCUUGCGGCUGUGAAGGGCCGAGGGGGCAGCGGGGACGGAUGCCGCAGCCCUCAGGCCAGCUCUGCCGCUGCAAGCAAGGCGAUGCUGUGGCCAGCCUGGGUUUAUUGUACCCGCUACUCAGACCGUCCGUCAUCAGGACCCAGAUCCCGCAAACCAAAGAAGGCUCCGACCCCGAGUAAAGAGGACAAGCGACCCCGGACGGCCUUCACCGCGGAGCAGCUCCACCGGUUAAAAACUGAGUUCCAAAACAACCGGUAUCUGACCGAGCAGCGGAGGCAGAGCCUGGCCCAGGACCUUGGCCUCAACGAGUCUCAAAUCAAAAUCUGGUUUCAGAACAAACGGGCCAAAAUCAAGAAGGCCUCCGGGAACAAAAACUCUCUGGCGAUACAUCUCAUGGCGCAGGGACUGUACAACCACUCCACGGCCAAGGACGACAAGUCGGACAGCGACUAG